GGCGCCCCUACCGGAAGUGGAGCGGAGAAGUGCUACAGAAAAUGUGUUCCGAUCGAGGCCCGUGACUGAGCGCGCUUCCGGUCCGCCCCGGGGGCUAAAGCGGAGUGCGCCCGAGAGGGUCCGGGCAGCGCUGCUCUGGGGGAGAAGAGAGAGGGGAGCGCCCCUUCUCAGCCGGCCCCGGGCUUCGUCCUGCGUCCCAGCCCCAGGCCCGGCCUGGCCACCCCAGGCCUUAAAACUCCCCUCUAGCCACUAGCCAGAGAGUUCUUGAUCCUGCUUGAGUUACGGGAAUUGGCUGCCUGAAAAUGAAUAUGGGGAAACACAACUAAAAAAAUUAUCCCCAAAAGGGCUGCAGGAAGGUGAAUUCAUCUAGGAAUUUCAAGGAUGAAGACUCUUUAACGGGGUUCCACUUGGGAAUGUCCACCAGUGGAGAGGGUCCGCUUCGGGAGAAAGAACAAGAGACCGGACCUCAGAACAGAGAUGUUGCAGUCGUGUCUGCCUUUAAACAGGCGAAAUUGGAAAAGGAGGCUCAGAAGAAUUGGGACCUGUUUUACAAGAGAAAUAGUACCAAUUUCUUCAAAGAUAGACACUGGACCACCAGAGAGUUUGAGGAACUGAGGGCGUGUAGGGAGUUUGAUGAUCAGAAGUUGACUAUCCUCGAAGCUGGCUGUGGGGUUGGAAACUGUUUAUUCCCACUUCUCGAAGAAGAUCUAAAUAUCUUUGCUUACGCCUGUGACUUCUCCCCCCGGGCCGUGGAGUAUGUUAAGCAAAACCCUCUGUAUGAUGCUGAGCGGUGCAAGGCGUUCCAUUGUGACCUCACCCAAGAUGAUCUCCUGGAACACGUCCCAGCAGCCUCUGUCGAUGUUGUCACCUUGAUAUUUGUGCUUUCUGCUGUUCAUCCUGACAAGAUGCACCUGGUCUUGCAAAAUGUUUACAAGGUAUUAAAGCCAGGUAAAUGUGUCUUGUUUCGAGACUAUGGGCUGAAUGAUCACGCGAUGCUUCGAUUUAAAGCUGGCAACAAGCUGGGAGAAAACUUUUAUGUUCGACAAGAUGGAACCAGGGCUUAUUUCUUUACUGAUGUAUUCCUGGCUCAGCUCUUCAGGGCAGCAGGAUAUGAAGAAGUGGUCAAUGAGUACGUGCUUCGAGAAACCGUGAAUAAGAAAGAAGGUUUGUGUGUGCCUCGAGUUUUUCUUCAGAGCAAAUUUCGGAAACCUCCAAGGACACCGUGAUUCUCACUACUGCCAUCACAAGUCUCAACCCUUCACAGAAUAAACAGUUUGGGGCAGAGACGCACGGUUAAAAACCAACAUUUUUGUCCCAGUUUAGGAAUUCACUUCUUCAGGGGAUCCAUUAUCUCACAAAUGGGGAUCUUUCUUCCAGUGGUGCAGAGCACAGACCAUCGACACCUCAUUCUUCUCCGUUCUUAUCUGUGUCCUUUACAGAGGGUCCCUGCUGAACACUGGAGGCCUUCUUCUGGGUCAGGCUUCUAACCCUGCAUCUGUGAACUUUUUUCAAUAGUAUUUCAAUAACUGUAUUUCAGUACAAUUGGUCUCCUUUGUAAUCCUAUGUAUCUUAUGCAUUUAAAAACAUGAUUCUGAGAAUGGGUGUUUAGGUUUCACCAGAGUCCCAGAGGGCUCAGAGACACAGACAGAGGUUUGGGACCGCUGCUUCCAGGUCUUUUGACAUUCCAUGGGUGCCCAUGAGGUUUGUUAACCCUCCCACUUUAUCAUGCAGCUGGCCCAUCUCCUUGUUCAGGCGUCUUCUAGAGAAUACUUUUCAUACCUGAUGGGUGGCAACUUGAGAGUUAGAAAAGGUAAGUUACAAUGUUCUGGCUUUAUGUUCACCUCUGUCAGCCUCCACAUCUUCUCUCAUAAGUUGACACCACUCAAGGACUGAGGGGAAUCAUGUGAUGCCAGUACACUGGCAUGUCGGGGUGUUAAACCGUCAGGAACACAGUACAAUGAAGUGUGUGUACCACAGGAGACACCAGGGCUGGCCCAGAAGCCAUGGAGAACAAAAGAAAUGGGGCUUUGUCCCACUUCCCAAGUCCAAAGAGAGAGGAAGCCACAUACCCCAAUUUUGUUUCAGAUAAUCUGGUCAGAAGGCAUACACAUGGUGAGGGAAAUAUAGGAAGGCUUGGCCCACAACCUCUGAGAGCUCUUAUCCCAAAAGACAGGAUUUCGGUAACUUGAGUUCCAAAGAUGGACUAUUAGGAGAGACAAGUGGAAGGGGAUCCCAUUACAUCUCGAUUUUACCACAAAUAUGGACCUGCCCAACAUGAUGGGAUGACCCCUCAAGAAGAAGGGACCUCGGUGGAAGGCUGUGCACGAAGAAUGGCGAUUAUUAAAGAGCAUGGCGUCGGCAUCUCAGUUCGAAUAGCCAUUCUUCUGUUCUUCACAGUCAACUUCAGGCUCCCAAGUCCUGUCUAUCACCGGACUCUAGGAUGUCCCAGAAUGGUUAUUGCUAGGCAUUAUAUUAAAACAAGCCAACAGAAAGGUAGAGGGGGUUUUUUUUAUGUUUUUUGAAAAUAAAGGGAGAUUUUUAAUAAAUACAUUUUGGGA